AUGUCUUCCAGAUAUUCACUACGGCAGACCCCCAGGAAAAAGGAGCUCUUCGAGGGCAUGGUCGAGACUCCUGCUCGUCGCUCCACUCGUAGAAAAUCGCAGUUCCCCGAGAACGACGGUGAUUCGAGCUCAGCCGCUGAGAGCGAAGCUGUUGCAAAGCCAGCCAACACCACGCGCCGCCGUGUACCCAAGUUCAUUGAGCACAUCGACGAAACCGCCGAGUCCGACGCUCCUUCAGAAUACUCACCCGUCUCAGCCAUCGCCCCUGAUCUGUCAACAAACGGCGACGAAAUGGCUCGGAGGAAGGUCUCGCACAACGGCGGUGUCGUUGACAACGUCAAGAUCAAGACCGAGGAGAUGUCGGAGACGGAGCCCCUCACCAAUGGCGAUUUGAAGCCAAAGGCUGUUGAUGGCUGGAUUCCCGGAACUGAUCACCGCAUCGACUCCUCCGGUUUCAAGGACUUUGGCGGACCUCUCGGUGUUACAACCAUGAUGAUAUGCUUUCCGCUGCUCAUGUACUACAUGUGGAUAGGCGCCACCUACUACAACGGCAAAUUGCCCCUGCCAGCUGAUGGCGAGAGCCUCGGUGACUUUGUCAAGAAGCUCGGCAUGUUGACAUACACUGGGGCGUUCCCCCAUUUGAAGGCCUGGGUUAUGUUUUGGACCUUUUUCAUUUUCCAGGGGACUCUCUACUGCCUCGCCCCGGGUGUCUGGGGCAAAGGCAAACCCCUUCCUCAUGAGGGCGGCAAACAGCUUGACUAUUACUGCUCAGCACAGUGGAGCUGGUACAUCACUAUUCUCACCGCGGCAGGCCUACACCUGAGCGGCCUCUUCCCGUUAUACACCAUCAUUGAUGAGUUUGGGCCUAUAAUGAGCGUCUGCAUCAUCUCGGGAUUCCUCAUCAGCUUCGUCGCCUACUUCUCGGCCAUUUCGCGUAACGCCCAGCAUCGCAUGUCGGGUUCGUUCCUGUACGACUUCUUUAUGGGUGCCGAGCUCAACCCGCGCAUGUUUGGCAUCCUCGAUUUCAAGAUGUUCUUCGAGGUCCGCCUCCCGUGGUUCAUCAUGUUCUUGACGACUCUGGGCUUGUGCGCUCGGCAGUACGAGCAGUAUGGCUACGUUACGGGCGAGGCAUACUUUGUGCUCCUGGCUCACUUUCUCUACGCAAACGCCUGCGCUAAGGGCGAGGAGCUCAUCAUCACCACCUGGGAUAUGUACUAUGAGAAGUGGGGCUUUAUGCUCAUCUUCUGGAACAUUGCCGGCGUUCCCCUGACCUACGUCCACUGCACUCUUUACCUCGCCAAUCACGACCCCUCCGAGUACGCUCACAGCAAGCCAGUCCUCGCCCUCAUGUUCAUCGGCUACCUGUUUGUCUACUGGAUCUGGGACACAUGCAACUCUCAAAAGAACCGCUUCCGCGCCAUGGAACGUGGCCACUUGGUCCCUCGCAAGUCGUUCCCCCAGCUUCCGUACCAGACGAUCCAGAACCCCCGCAAGAUUCCUACCCAUACUGGCGACUCUCUUCUGGCCGAUGGCUGGUACGGCAUGGCCCGCAAGGUGCACUACACCUGCGAUCUGUAUUUUGCACUAAACUGGGGUCUCAUCACCGGCUUUGCGAGCCCUUUCCCGUGGUUCUAUCCUGUUUUCUUCGCCGGCAUGAUCGUUCAUCGCGCAUCUCGUGACAUUGCCCGCUGCCGUGAAAAGUACGGGGCCGCCUGGGAGGAGUACGAGAAGCAGGUCCCUUACCUCUUCAUCCCCUACGUCAUCUAA